GAGUCCGAAGAAAUUCUACGCGACAGACUAGUUCCCCUCCUGAGAAUGGUGGACAAGCCCGAGCAGAUGGCCAAGAUUGUGGAUCAGGCGGAUGCUUGCGUGCUCAUCACGCUGCUUCGCGGCGUCAGGGCUGAAGCCCUGGCAAAAGUGGUGAACGGCUUCUGCGAGGAGGACUUCAAAGAGCAGGGCCAGGUGAUUCGGCUCCUGCAGGCUCUCAACAACGACCCAGAUCUGGCCAAAGACAAGAUCGUCCCACUAAUGGACAAAGGAGAGCCUGGCAAGAUCGUUCGAUUGGUUCAAGGCAUCUCAGCCGAGAAGCUACUGGCGGUGCUGGGUUCCACGGAGGCAGAUGGCGUUCUGCGCCUCUUGGAGAACACGAAUGCAGACUUUGCCGUGCGACUUUUCCAGCUGCCUGUGGACUCUGUGAUUGCUUCCAUGGCCGGUGGCUUUGCGGACGUUAUGGCAGAUCAGAAAAUUGCAGACCUGGUCAAGCACAGCACUGACACGCUGCAGGCUGGCCUGGCGCAGGCGGAUGGGGUCCUCGCUCGGGGCAUGCAGGCCCGUGGAGCAGACCCGAACACGGGCUACAAGUUCGGUGACCUUACACGAGGCCUGUUGUCGAUGGGCCAGGAGAGCCUUGAAAAAGGCAAAGAGCUUGUGGAGCUGCACAGCAAGCCGCUCCAGGAAG